CCUGGACACCACAUCCGAGAUCGAUAAAAAUUCCACUCAGCUCAAACCACAGUCCGUAAUGUCUUUCCAAAGUAAGUUUCUUUUUGCUACAGACUCAGUAGGAGUGUAUGACUCGUCGCCUAGAGUGAAGUCACGUCAGUGAAGUCAACUGCAUCGGCGGUCUUUUGCUAACCAUUGAAGCAGGUCAGACACGAGGCUGCAUCAGGCUUCACUACAUGUAAUAACUAAUAAUAAUAAUUGCUCCCUAUUGCUAGUAUGGCUGCGAAGCGCAAGGCAUACACGGACGAGGACAGUAUUGCCGCAUUCGAGCGCUGCGAAGGUGACUGGAAGUGGCGCGAGGAUCGCAAGCGACUCGAAUUCCAGCCGAAGAUCAGCCCGGCACAGCCCUUGCGCAAUGACGAUGAUGGGCAGCAGGACAUGCUAGUAUGGCCAGCAUGCAGAGCACGCGUGACAUGGCCUAGACUGUCCACCGUCUGGGACACGUUUGGAACCGAGCCAGAGACACCGAGCCGCCAGGAGAAGCCAGCUGUAAUCAAGGCAUGCGAGGGCUGGAUGCAAGCGUGCAUGGCACCUGUUUCCAUGGAUAUGCCACAGCGCACCGGUCGGCUCAACUUACAGGGACGCAAGUCCUACUUCAACCUGCCGCUCCAACGCCAGGCAUCCGUCAUCAACACCUCCCGGCACAUGAGUCGCCGCGACCUGUUUGCACCGUCCGACUGUGGCUCAGUGGCCGCGUCCAUUAAGAGCCAGCCGUCGGGGAAGCUGGUUGCGGCGAAGCUGACCUACACCAGAGAGGGUCCCGUCACCCUGGAGAUUGUGAAAGAGGUUGCAUCGCUGGAACUGGAUUUGGACACAGAGAGUCCGUCUCGUGAUCUCUUUGAUCUCAUAAGGUUACGCGCAUUCGACGAAUUCCUCGUGGCGUCUCUGCUGUACAUGGAUGCUUUUCUGCGAUUAAGGGACGUCAAGGAGAGGGUGGAAGAGGCAGGGCACGGCAGCUUCUUUGCGGAAGUAUCCGGGGCUAACAGUGGUCUUACUCAGGAGCAGCGUCGCAUUGAGAAGGAGAUGGUGGAGCAGCAGGCACAACUCUCCACCCACUACUGCCGCAUGCUGUUGCCCGAGACUUCCCUUCAGCUAAAGCGUUUCCAUCACUCCUAUUCUGGAAGCUGGAGAACAUCAAGAACUAAUGCUGAUCAGAUGUUGCAAGAAGGUAUACUGCGCUAUGCAACGGCCGUGGUAUGGAUAGCUUUGGGCAGAAAGCACUGGGAUCUGAUCACUGAAGAGCUGGGAAGGUUGUUUCGCUCCUCAGAGUUCAAUAUCAACAGCCGUCAGGUACAUAAGCCAACGGAACGAGAGAUUCAAGCGGAAUACCAGCAACAGAAGCGGUACAUCUUGAAUGGUGGCUCGCUGUCCAACUAUACGAAGCAGAGAGAUCUUGCACCAGAGAAAAUCCCACACUUACAAUCAGUUAUGAGGAAAAAUUCGCCUUUAGUUUCGAUGCUGCUGGAUCAGCGGCGGAGUCGUGGGAAGCAGAUAGACACGUCAUGGGGCUGCAAGAACCUGGAAAUGCGCCCGCACGUGGGAAUACUUGGCCGACCUGUACAAGACUAUACUCCCUUCCUGGAACCAAAGCCGGUGGAAGUCAAGAAAGCGAAGCAUCGCAACGGUGAUAAUGACAGUGACGGUGGCAGCGAUACAAACUCUGAGACUACCGAUGACAGAUCAGACUCGAUAGCGGGCAGCGAUUUCGGGUCCAGUGCCAUCCUACUUGGUACGACAGGUUCGCUUGCACCAAUAGACAAUCCUAGCUAGGCUGGCUAGGCAGUCAAUGGUAUUGUCUGACUCCCCCCCCCCCCCCCCCCCCCCACACACACACCAGAUAAACAGGUAUUCAGCCUUGACACUUGCUGGACUUCUUGGUGGUACUGCUCACAUGUUUGUAAGAUCUUGUCUGGAUCAGUACAGCGGCAUUACAAUGUGUUUCUCCCUAGUACUUUUUCCGCUUGGCCUUGAGCAACACUUUUUCGUGACUUGAGCAUACAUUGCUGCCACUGAAGCUGAAAACACAAUGUUUGAGCAUUUCUGCAUGCCUGCCUCAUUAUUGCACCAUCCUGUUGAGUUGACUUGCAUGAUAAAUAAAGACUUGACCAUUUA